GCAGCGCUGGGAACGGGGGAGCGGCCUGGGUCGCAUCCCAGUGGAGCGGCCGAGACCUCGAGUGGGGCGCCGGCUCGCCCCGCCUUGCCUGGCUCCUCCUUGCGGCCCCAGCAGGCUCCGGGACCAGAGUAUCCCUCGCACCCUGGCUUAGCGUCUUGCUCCUGCCGGGCCGCGCGGGGCUCCGUGGGGGGCCCCCCGCGCGAGGGCCCUCCGAGUGGUUCCGGGGUUAGGGUUCACAGGUCAGAGUUGACUCCCUGAAAAGUGCAGUCGCUCUGAAAUGCAAGAUGGCGGCGGCGAGGCGCUGAGGCGCGGCGGCCCCUGCAGGAGAAGACUGCUAGCUACUUUGGGACUAUCUGUGAUGAUGGCCUGAGCCAGGUACCUCAUUUGAAGGGAUAACCUUCUGCUUUAAUGAACAAAAUGCUGAGGAAGCUAUGGCAGAUCUAGGGCUGGCAAGAUGACUCAGUGGGUAAAGGUGCUUGCUGCCAAGCCUAACGAUCUGAAUUGGGUCCCUGGAUCUCACGUGGUGAGAGGAGAGCAUCAACUCCUGCAGGUUGUCUCCUGAUGUCUGCAAGUGCACACAUACUAAAUGUGGUUGGAGUUGUGCUUCACACAUUUCAGCCGUCCAGCAGCGUUUUAUCUGCCAGCUAAGCUUGUACUUGAUUGCACCAUGGAAAUGCUACUGAAGAGACUUGUUGAGCACAAAAGUGGACUUGAAGAGCCAGAAACCACUGUUUUCCAAUGAAGGAUUCCAGUUUUAAGCCUCAGUGCUUUUAAAUCACCACUGAGUCCCCCUCCCCCCCAAUCAAAAUGGCAAGCAGACGAAAAUCAACAACACCUUGCAUGGUCCUUGCCAGUGAGCAGGAUCCAGAUCUUGAGUUGAUAUCAGAUUUGGAUGAAGGUCCUCCUGUCCUUACACCGGUAGAGAAUGCUAGAGCAGAGAGUAUUUCCAGUGAUGAAGAAGUUCACGAAUCUGUGGAUUCUGACAAUCAGCCAAGUAAAAAAGUGGAAGGGGGCUAUGAAUGUAAAUACUGUACUUUUCAAACUCCAGAUCUAAAUAUGUUUACUUUCCAUGUAGAUUCAGAACAUCCUAAUGUUGUACUGAAUUCAUCCUAUGUUUGUGUUGAAUGCAACUUUCUUACCAAAAGGUAUGAUGCACUUUCUGAGCAUAAUCUGAAAUACCACCCAGGAGAAGAAAAUUUCAAGCUGACUAUGGUGAAACGAAAUAACCAGACAAUCUUUGAACAAACAAUAAAUGAUCUGACUUUUGAUGGUAGUUUUGUUAAAGAGGAGAAUACAGAACAAGGAGAAUCCAUAGAUGUUUCUUCUUCGGGAAUCUCCAUCAGUAAAACUCCCAUCAUGAAAAUGAUGAAAAAUAAGGUAGAAAACAAACGGAUUACAGUCCACCAUAACUCAGCUGAGGACACGCCCGAAGAGAAAGAGAAUGGAGUGAAAGUAAGCCGGGAAGAAAAUGUAGAAAGUACGAGUUCUUCAGCCUCAGAAUCCAAUACAAGUACUUCCACCAUCAGCAGAGUGCACCCCAAUCCUGGCAGCACAGUAGUGACACCCUCAGCCGUUCUUCCUGGAUUAGCCCAGGUGAUCACUGCAGUGUCUGCUCAGCAGAACUCCAACUUGGUCCCUAAAGUCUUAAUCCCUGUUAACAGCAUUCCUACCUACAAUGCUGCCUUGGAUAACAAUCCCCUUCUACUCAGUACCUACAACAAAUUCCCUUAUCCUACAAUGUCAGAAAUUACAGUUCUUUCUGCUCAAGCAAAAUAUACAGAGGAACAGAUCAAGAUCUGGUUUUCAGCCCAACGUUUAAAGCAUGGUGUUAGUUGGACUCCUGAAGAAGUAGAGGAGGCAAGGAGGAAACAAUUCAAUGGAACAGUACAUACUGUACCUCAGACCAUAACUGUAAUUCCUACACACAUUUCCACGGGGAAUAAUGGGUUACCGUCUAUUUUACAGACAUGCCAAAUAGUUGGUCAGCCAGGUCUGGUCCUUACCCAAGUAGCUGGAACAAACACCUUGCCAGUAACAGCACCUAUUGCCCUGACAGUGGCAGGUGUUCCGAAUCAAACAAAUGUGCAGAAGAGCCAAGUGCCUGCUGCUCAGCCUGCUACAGAGACCAAAGCAGCCACCAUGGCGGCAGUUCCAUCGUCGCCAAGUGUCAGACCUGAAGCUGCACUAGUGAACCCAGAUUCAUUUGGUAUUCGGGCCAAAAAGACGAAAGAGCAGCUGGCAGAACUGAAAGUUAGCUAUCUUAAAAACCAGUUUCCCCACGACUCAGAGAUCGUCAGGCUUAUGAAAAUCACAGGCCUUACCAAAGGCGAGAUUAAAAAGUGGUUUAGUGAUACAAGGUACAACCAGCGAAAUUCAAAGAGUAAUCAGUGCUUACAUCUCAGUAAUGACUCCUCUGCCACUAUCAUCAUAGACUCCAGCGAUGAAACCCCAGAGCCCCCAGCUGCAGUCACUUCACAGCAGAAACAAUCCUGGAAUGCCUUUCCUGACUUUGCUCCCCAGAAGUUUAAAGAGAAAACUGCAGAGCAACUUCGUGUCCUUCAGGCAAGUUUUCUCAACAGUUCUGUGCUUACAGAUGAAGAAUUAAAUAGGUUAAGAGCACAAACCAAACUUACUAGAAGAGAAAUUGAUGCUUGGUUUACAGAGAAGAAUAAAACAAAAGCUUUAAAGGAGGAGAAAAAAGAAACAGAUGAAAGUAAUGUAGGUAGUUCCAAAGAAGAGCCUGGAGAAAGCUCUCCUGGAGAUGAAGCAGUUGCACCUAAGUCAGGAGGUACAGGCAAGAUAUGUAAGAAAACACCGGAGCAGCUGCACAUGCUUAAAAGUGCAUUUGUCCGAACACAGUGGCCAUCAGCAGAAGAGUAUGACAAAUUGGCUGAAGAAAGUGGGCUUGCCAGAACAGACAUAGUUAGUUGGUUUGGGGACACCCGUUAUGCUUGGAAGAAUGGAAACUUAAAAUGGUACUACUACUAUCAAAGCUCCAAUUCAAGUGGUUUGAAUGGUCUGUCUUCCCUUAGGAAAAGAGGGAGAGGCAGGCCCAAAGGACGAGGCAGAGGCAGACCACGUGGUAGGCCUAGAGGAGGCAAAAGAAUGAACACCUGGGACAGGGUACCAUCACUCAUAAAGUUUAAAACUGGAACGGCCAUACUUAAGGAUUAUUACCUGAAGCACAAAUUUCUUAAUGAGCAAGACCUUGAUGAACUUGUCAACAGGUCACACAUGGGCUAUGAACAGGUCAGAGAGUGGUUUGCAGAAAGACAGAGAAGAUCUGAGUUAGGUAUAGAAUUAUUUGAGGAAAAUGAAGAGGAAGAGGAAGUUAUUGAUGAUCAGGAAGAAGAUGAAGAAGAAACAGAUGACAGUGACACUUGGGAACCCCCACGACAUGUGAAACGGAAGCUUUCUAAAUCGGAUGACUGAAAUCUACUUAAAAUUCUGAAGGAGUAUAAGUUCUUCAACUCAAGAUGUCUGAAUUACUGUGAAUGGGCCCAAUCCUUGAUGACACUGAAAAUGCUUUGGGGCAUACCUACUCUCAAAACCGGAUCCAAUGUCCAAAAGAAAUGGAACUUGAUGUUGUGCCAAAGUCAACCUGCUGCAGUUGGGGAAAGUUCUGCAAUGUAAAUAGAGCGCUAAUUAAAAACAACUUGUAAAAAGUGAAACUUUAAUACAGUACAUUUUUAUUCUGGCAGGAUGGAAACUUUGUGAAUCUUUGACUUUCUAAGGGGUUAAUGACCACUAGAGCUUGUCCUCAAUUUUAGGCCAGCUUACAGCUGUGUAAGAUAAGGCAGCAUUGCCCGAGUGACCAAACAGCUUUCAGAGUAAAAGUUCUUAGAAAUGGGAGGGGGAACCAAACCCUAAUUUACUUCUGUGUCUUAUUUAUCAGGUCCUACACCAAAAUUAAAAGUUGUACAUGGGCUUACACAGUUUGUAGUGUAAAAGCAGCCUGUAUGUAUUAUGUUGGAACAGGAAGACUCGCUGGCCUUCAUGACUGGACCCUCCAUAAACACUCAGAUAAACCACUGUCUCCACUGCAGUCCUUGUGUGACUGCUCUUUGUCAGAAUCUGACUGAAGAUACUACCCACAGGGGAAAAGAGCUUACUGGGGAGAGAACUCCAAACACUGUUCCAAACAUGUGGAACAGUCCCUCAGUAAAUACAUGCAGUGUGUGCUCACAGGCGUGGGAAUCAGGAACAUCAGACAGACUCAGGUCAGAUUCUGUAAGGUAAUCUUUUCAUGGAAUUCUACCUUGUGUAACAGUUUCAGUGAACAGAGAAAAACAAUUCUGAACUGAUCCUGAUGAGUUAAAAUGAGCUUUUCAUGUUAGAAUCGGAGGCAGGGUGUGUUAGCGGUGACUGCUGUACAAGACUCGGUUCCUACUGACUUGUGAUUAAAGACUGGUGCUGCCAUUUGUGUUGGAAAGGACCUUUACUUUCGUAAUCAUAGGACCACUUUUCAAAAUGUGCUUUCCUCACAGAACAAAUUUUCAGUUCAAUUAGAUUUGGACUUUAAAUUUUUUUUCCAAUGAUCAUGUGUAGUAGGUUUGGCCAGUUUGUUUUCUAAUUUAAUGAAUAAUAAAUACUAAGCUCUUGGUUAAAUGUUCAUCAGUUAAUGAAACUGUUAUGAAAAAGCCUUGAAUAUGCAUGCUGCUUUCAUUUUUAUAAACUUUUUAUUUUUUAACUAUAGCUUUAUUAGCAAUUCCCAAAUGCUGCAAUUUGCUGAUUUCUUCACUCAGACAGCUGGCUUUGUGGGUGGCUUUUUUCAUACUACUGUUAACUUUUUUAAAAAAGAAGUGAUGUAAAGACUGUAACAAUUGAAUGCACUAAGCUGUUUUUCUUUUACAUAUCUAAAAUCUUCUUUAAAUACUCUUAUUAUAAUGAUUAAAUCACUCCCUUUUUAAAACCA